AUGGCUUCUGUCGACUCUACUGCUCUGAAUGGCCAUCUCGAAGCCAAUGGCAAUGGCACCGCAUUAUCAGCCGCCCAAAAGCUUAUGCAGAAGCAUGAAGCACAUAAGCCUACGGUUGAGGAUGUGCCCGACGAGGCAGAUCUGAAGCACCCCGAGCCGCCGGUGUCGACCAGUGUUCUUGAAGACAAAACUGAUGCGCCUGCUCCUGGAUGGGUACCUCCAGUGUCGACAAAAGCAGCUGGAAAACAGAAGGAGGAAUUGCCAGUCAAGGAGACCAAGCCCCUGUUGGACACACAGUCGGAGGAGCUGUUUCCCGGCUUGGGAAGUGGCCCAAAGCCCAGACAGCCAACAAACAUUACCCCAACUUGGGGCGCAAAGAAGCCAGCACCAGGUGUCUCACCCGUGAACGGGACGAAUGGCUUCUCGACAAACGGUACCUCUGCGCCUUCUUCUGGCAUAAAUACACCAGUGUCCGCAGCCAGUCAGGCUGCGCCCAAGGGAGGACCAAGGAAGAUGGAGAUCCCGGGUCAGGUUCAAGAGAGGAUCUUCUUAGAAAAGAAUCAGAUGCUCCCUCGCCCGCAAUUGAAGAAGCCAUUGCCGGAUAUCCUGAAGGACAUCAACCGGAAGUCGAGGAAGGUAAAUGUCACGCUUUCAGCAGGGGAGAACGGCAUUACUUUCUACGCAACUGGCCCAUCCGAAGCUGCCAUCCAAGCUUUGCGAGAUGUCGUGGCACAGGUUGGAGCUAAGAUCUCUACUAAAGUCUCCAUUCCUCAAUCUGCGAGAGCUCACAUCAUUGGCAAACAAGGUUCGAAAAUAAAGGAAAUACAGGAGAGAACCGGUGCACGUGUCCAAAUUCCCAAACUGGAGGAUGCACCAGCUCCAACGGACGACGAUGAUGAUGCUAUGAUCGAUAUAGUGGUAGAAGGCAAUGCAUUAAGUGUUGGAGCGGCACAGAGAGAAAUUCUCGCAAUUGCGGCCGAAAGAACGGCAACGGUGACUACGAAGCUUCGCACUAUCCCAGCAGAACUUUACCCCUUUAUUGCCGGUCCGCAGAAUGAAAAAGUCAACGAGCUGGAAGAAGCGAAGGGUGUUCAGAUCCGGGUUCCCCCAUACCAUACCUGGAGAACCCAACCGCCCCCUCAGAAACCUCUCCCAGGCAAGCUUCCGGUAUUUCUUCCUGCCGCCGAUGGCAACCACAUCACUAUUGCUGGAGAACGCUCUGCGGUUCAGGCGGCGAGGGCAGAGAUUGAACGCCUUGCUGAUGAGUUCCAACGACAAAUGUCAGUUGACCAGUUUCCCAUAAACAAUGGUCGGCAUCAAUUCAUCAUUGGCAAGCGAGGUGUAGAGCCACAAAAGUUCUUCGCUGAUACUGGAUGUGCGAUUAUUCUUCCCGGCGAUGAGGAUGAUGAUAUGAUUACCAUUAUUGGUCCUCCUCAUCAGACUCCCGUGGCGAGAAACAUGGCCAUCAAUUUAGCUGCGAGCAUGCAAUCUUCGAGCAUCGAUAUCUCCCGCCAACACCGAAAUGCUCCCGGAGCUUCCAGCGCACAUGCACGGUACCUCACUCAGUACUUGCGCCAACGUAAGGUCAUCGAAGAGCUCGAGAAACUUCACCAGGCCCAUAUUGUCACAUCAAUCAACCAAGAGGGUAAUGCGGCACCAUGGGAGUUAUAUUCUCGUGAUUACAACAACGCUAUCAAUGCUCAGGCAGAUAUCACCAACAUCGUUUCUGCCCAUCCUCCAUCGCGACUGACGACCGUUCCUGUGGACCCCUUCUUCCACCUGUAUCUCCAAAAUGACAUCACUCCAAGAGUGAAGAAAGAUUAUGGUGUACAUGUGGUCAUUCCACCAUCCUCUGAGCCUGACGCCCCGGUACUGCUGGUUUUUGAAGGGGAGCACGGAUUAAAUCCAGACUACCAGGUACCACGUGGUCAACCAACCCCCGACGAAAUACAAACCUUCCAGCGAGGCCUGCAAGAUGCUCGGAAGCAUAUCUUGGACAUUAUCAAUGCGCAGGCGCAAAUUAUUAGUACAUCAAUUGAUGUGCCUAAGAUUUACCAUGAGAAGCUUCGCAAAUAUAUCAAAAGUGAACAGCAAAACCGAGCAGCAGAUCAAAUCCCUGUACGAGUUUCCGCUGCUGACACCAUUGUUAAUCUCCGAGGCCCUGCACCUGCCGUCGAGUCCUUGGCCGUCAAGGUGAAAGCAUUCGUCGAGCAAGCCAUACAAGACGACAAGGAACGUGGCUUCACGCUCUCCUUUGACUUUCCACAAAAACACGCCAACCAACUUAUUGGUAAAGGAGGCAGCAAUAUUCGCGAGUUGCGUGAAAAGUUCGACGUGGAGAUCCAGGUUGAUGAUGGGAAGGUCGAAUUAAAGGGUCCAAAAGCAAAGGCGGAAGCUGCCAAAGCACAUAUCUCGGCAUUAGGAAGACAGUGGGCUGAUGAGGCUACGUAUAUCCUCAAAAUUGAGCCUAAGUACCACCGCGAACUUAUCGGCGCCCAAGGCAACCAAAUCAACAAACUUCAGACCAGAUAUAAAGUUCAAAUCCACUUCCCUCGCCCAGCUCGACCUUCAAAAGAUGACCAGUCAAGCGUCGAUGCAACUAGCGAAGCUGGUCGCAAGGGCGGUCGUCGCGAACAAGAACCUGAUGAGGUAAUUGUCAAAGGGCCAAAGAAGGGAGCCGACGAAGCGAGAGACGAGAUCCUUUCUUUGCUCCAGUAUCUCAAGGAUAACUCAUACACGGCCACGGUGUCAGUACAGCCGAGCCAGAUCCCCUCGCUUAUUGGCCAACGGGGAAGUGGUAUGGACGAGCUUCGACAAACUACCGGGGCGAAGAUUGAUGUUCCGAAUGUCAGAGAUUCCAAGGACGCAACUGGCCUAGUAGAAAUCCAGAUCAAGGGUACAAAAUCUCAAGUAGCACAGGCCAAGAAGAUACUCGAGGAGAAGAAGGACAUCUUUGACCACACUAUUACAAAGACUUUGGAGGUUGAUAAGAAACACCACCGGGCCUUGAUUGGUGCUGGAGGCUCCACUCUCCGAGACAUUGUUGUCAAGUCUGGUGGAUCAGAUGAUCGCCGAGAACUUGCUCGAACAGUUCAAUUCCCCAAGGCUGAAUCUGAUGGAAACUUGAUCAAGAUUGAAGGCAAUAAGGAUGUCGUUGAAAAGAUCAUUGCGGCCAUGCAAAAGAUCAUAGCCGAACGGGACAGUCAGACUACCGAGACAAUCGAUAUCCCGACAGACAAGCAUCGCUCCUUGAUCGGACGCGGAGGAGAAACGAAGAAGGAACUCGAGUCGAAGCUUAAGGUUUCACUCGAUAUACCACGGCAAGGCAGCGGUCAAAGCGGUGUCAAGAUCACUGGUUUGCCUGCGGAUGUUGAGAAUGCAAAGGCUCACAUUCUUACUCUUAUGAAGGACCAAGAAGGUGAGACGGUCCAAGUGCCUCGAAAGCUCCACCACGCCAUCGCGGAUAACGGUCAGUUUUUCCGCAGGAUGCGAAAUGAUCAUCAGGUCACAGUUGAUCAUGCUGGCCACAAACUCCCACCAAAGCCUGCGGCACCAACAAACGCACGAGCGAACGGCGCCCUGCCCCUGAUUACAGAUGAUGUAGACGCAGCCGAAGAUUUGUUCUCAUGGACUGUAGUCAGCAAUGCAGACUCUGCAGUGGACGGCGAGAUCCCUUGGAUCUUACGUGGUUCCUCCGAAAAUGUGGCCAAGGCCAAAGCUGCACUCCUGGCAGCUAUGGAACAGGCAUCGAAGAACAGCCAUGUCGGUUACCUGGUACUCCCCGACCCGCGUACAUACCGAUAUGUUAUCGGCCAAGGCGGCAACAAAGUCAACAGCAUCCGAAAGGCAACCGGAUGCAAGAUUACUGUUCCUCGCGACCAGGCCAAGGGCGAAGCGAUUGAGAUUCUGGGAAGUGCCGAGGGCGUUGAAAAAGCGAGGGAGUUGGUCCUCAAGGCCGUAAAAGAGGGCGGUAAUGGUGCGAAUGGGAGCAGAGCUUAG